AUGUGGAGAGCCAACUUAAAAACAGGAGAUUGUCACGGCAAUGUGAACGGCAAGAUGUAUUUUAAAUGGCUGAUGGAAACAUUAAUUCCAAAUUUACCUCCUCGGACUGUUGUGGUUAUUGACAAUGCAUCGUAUCACAAUGUCCAAGUAGAUAAGUGCCCAACUUCGAAGAACACUAAAUCAGAAGUGCAAGAUUGGCUGAUACAGAAGAAUAUUGCAUUCUCAUCGUCAUCACUCAAGGUGGAGCUCUAUGAGUUGAUUAGGCAACACAAACCGGCGCACAUUCGCUAUCAAAUUGACGAGAUUAUGAGAGAACAUGGACACGACAUCCUUAGGCUCCCUCCAUAUCAUCCCGAACUCAAUGCCAUAGAGCUAAUCUGGGCUGAUGUAAAAAACUGGGUUGCAGCUCACAAUGUGACUUUUAACAUACAUGAUGUUGAGCGCCUUGUGAACCAGAAGUUUGAAACCAUAACUGAAACGGACUGGAAAAAAAAUAUGUGA